AUGGUACUGCUGGAAGAGUUCUGUGUGAAGGUGUACUUCUGGCCGUUCCUCUCGUACUUGGCCAGCAUCAAGGGAUGGUGUCCGGUGUAUCCACCAGGUUACUAUCCUGUCUACACGUGGCCACAACCGCCUCCAUUGCCUCCGCUGCCGCCGACUGGUCCACUAAUACCGCCUCCACCCGCUCUUCCGUCCACAACUCCAGGGAUACCGACGUUCCAGCCAACGCCACCGAAUCCCCAGACACCGUUCACCCCACCGCUGAUCACGACAAGCAGCAGCACCUCCACAUCUACCACUUUAGCGACUACCACCACCACAACGGGUGUGACGACAACUAGCACCGCGGGAACCACUCUGCCAGUGCCCACCUGUCCGCCGCAGCCAUUGGUGUGCCUGCCCGGAGGCGUGCGUCCGCUGCCCAACUGCCCCUGCAUCGAUCCUCGCCAGAAUGCGCCCCUGGCGGCAGCCACCGGUCUGAUCGGUUCGGAUAUGAUGGUUUUCAUGCCGCUCAACGCGGGACGGCGGCGUCGUCGUCGUCGACGGCCCCAGACCUCCUGCUACGAUGCUCGCACUCGGCCAGGCAACUGUCUGCCCCUGACCUCCUGCUCUCACCUGGUGGAGGAGUACCAGGCACAGUCGGCGGGCUCCGAAGAGUUUAAGACGUUUCUGGGUCAGUCCAUAUGCGGCUUCGAUGGCUCCACUUUUAUGGUCUGCUGUGCCUCGGAUCGCUCGGCAAAUGGCAGGAGUAGAAAGGAUCUGCUGGUGACCACCACUGCAUCCUCUGGUGUGUUUCAUUUCUCGCCCCUUGGAGGAGGCACAGGAAGUCCAUCUGUGUUUCAGCCUACACCACCGCUGAUGCAGGCCCAAGUGGUGAUCAGACCCAGUCCUAAUUAUCCUGGUCCCGCUCCACCGCAACCUCAGCCUCAACAUCAGUGGGUCUGCGGCAUCAGUGGAGUCACAUCGAACCGCGUGGUGGGUGGCCAGGAGGCUCGAAGAGGAGCCUAUCCCUGGAUUGCCGCCCUUGGCUACUUCGAGGAGCCCAAUCGGAAUGCCCUGAAGUUCCUCUGUGGCGGCAGCCUCAUCCACUCGCACUACGUGAUCACCUCCGCCCACUGCAUCAACGGGCUGCUCACACUGGUCCGCCUGGGAGCUCACGAUCUGUCCAAGCCCACCGAGGCAGGGGUCAUGGACUUUCGCAUUCGUCGCACAGUUGUCCACGAACACUUCGAUCUGACGUCCAUUGCCAAUGACAUUGCCCUGAUCGAGCUGAGUGGAAUGACAUCUACCCCUCCCAACAUAGCUCCCAUCUGCCUGCCCGAAGCGGCAAAAUUCCUGCAGCAAGAUUUCGUGGGCAUGAAUCCCUUCGUUGCCGGUUGGGGGGCAUCCAAGCAUCAGGGACCCACGUCCCAGGUAUUGCGCGAUGCCCAGGUGCCAAUCGUGGCCCGUCAGAGCUGCGAGCAGAGCUACAAAUCCAUUUUCCGGUUUGUCCAAUUCAGCGACAAGGUGCUCUGCGCUGGCAGCUCCAGCGUCGAUGCAUGCCAGGGGGAUUCCGGUGGACCACUCAUGAUGCCGCAGCUGGAGGGCAGCGGCUAUAGGUUCUACCUGCUGGGCCUCGUCUCGUUUGGCUAUGAGUGUGCGCGACCCAAUUUUCCAGGUGUCUAUACGAGAGUCGCCUCCUACGUUCCAUGGAUCAGGCAGCAGAUCUCAAUGGGCUAGCAACAGCUUGCGCAUCAUCACUGAAGGGACACACGUUUAGAACGGGGCUUGUAAA